AUGACUGCGACGUCGGAUACGACCACCGGCAGCAGCCGUCACACAGCCUCGGAGCGGGCCGCCACGAAACGUCGAGCCGUCCGUAAGGGAACGCGGAGCUGCUGGGAAUGUCGCCGGCGCAAGAUCCGCUGCCUGUUUGACGAAAACGGUCCCCAUGACACGUGUUGGAGAUGCUGGCAGAAAGGUACGCCGUGCGUGAGCCAGGAGUUUCCGGAGGAUCGCCUUCCGCGGACGCAGGCCCCGGUCGGCAAUGUUGGGGACCGAUUGGGCCGGAUGGAGAGGCUGGUUGAGCAGCUGUACCGGAAGAAAGUACAGGCCAUCAAUGGCGAAUCACAACAGACAUCUCAGCCGCCACCCCAUCAGAGCCAGCACACAUCGACUCUUCACCAACCUUCCCUAAACGGUCCCCUAGCAACCCUUUCCAAAGAUCUCACCGCCGCCUUGCCGUCGAAAGAAGAUUGCGAAAUCAUACACGAGCCGUAUUCUGAUGCCGACCUUGUGUUUCAACUCUUGCUCACGCCGCAUCAAGUCCUUGAAAGUCUUCAACCAGAACCAGUAGAGCACUUCGUCGCCGGCUUAUACCACCCUAUGCAUCCUGUGCUUUUAGCAAAAAGGAUGCUUACACUUGCCACAAUGCUGCAAAGGAUACCGUCCACUUACAAGUGCACGCCCUCGACAUCAGCAACCCCACGCAAGAUCAUGGAGCGACUCGCCGACGCGGCAAUUUCGCUGGUCUGCGAAAACAACAAUCUGAUGGGAACUAUCGACGCUCUUCAAUGUGUGAUUCUUCAAACCGUUUAUCUGGCAAACGGUGGGAAUCUCAGACUAUCUCUCUUGGCUUGCCGUAGAGCAGUAUCAAUUGCCCAACUCAUGGGCAUCCACCGCCCCCACGACCAAUUACCCGUCGAAACAGUCGACCCCUCCGGGCCCCCUGACAUACGCUUCGUCUGGUUCCGGAUAGUCUAUAUUGAGCGUUUCAUCUGCUUGCUCUUGGGUCUGCCAGACAGCACCAGAGACCACCACUCAGGCCUAGCCUCGGACGGAAGUAUCCUCCCACCUCUCGAUGACCAUCCCCUGGGAAGGCUUGAGCAGGUACACUGUGCAGUUGCAUCUAGAAUCAUCCAAAGAAACCAAAUAGAUACUCACGCUAGCAUGAUCGAAACAACUCAUACCCUCGACCUCGAAAUGCGCAUGGCAGCCGCCGCCAUGCCUCCUAGAUGGUGGACCCUCCCCAAGUUCACCUCACUCGGCAGCAAACCCCUCACCUCAGUGACAGAAAGCCUGCGUCUCUGCGGCCAAAUAUUUCACUACUUCCUCCUGGUACAACUGCAUCUCCCCUUCAUGCUCCGCAGUUCCCCAUCCGGUGCUGCAAGCACUAGCAGAAUCGCCUGCGUCGACGCAUCUCGCGAAAUUCUCUCGCGAUUUGUGACCAUACGUAGCGCUAUUGGUGUCUGUAGUAUACCCGAUGCAGCAGACUUCUUCGCCCUCAUAGCCGCGAUGACCCUUCUCCUGGCGCAUGUUGACGCGCGGAGACGUGAUGGUGGGAACGAUGUGCUUGCACAUCAGAGACAUACGGAUCGCGACAAAGUAGAAGAGACUCUGGAGUUGAUGCGAGAGGGGAGUUCGACGUCGACCGAUAUGCUGGCGAUGAAGAGUGCGGAUGUGCUGGUGAGGCUUCUCGAUAUAGAGGCUCAUGCGGCAAGAGGCUCAGCAUUUACUGCAAACUCGACAACGGACGCGAUGUUAACACCAUCUUCGGAGAGCAGAGAAGCUCAAGGGGGAGACUCGAGUGUUUUACGGCUCAAGAUUCCGUGCUAUGGCACCGUCACUAUCUCGCCCGAUGCACUCCUUUCAAGAGAGCCUUUCAGACCGAUCAAUCAACAAGUCCAGCAAAACCAAGGGCGUGUCGAUGCUAGUAUCACUUCGGCCGUUUCGCCGGCUAUGCUGAUGGAGAUGGACGAGACAACAGGAGCAGGACUUGGACCAAGCAUGCCUUUGAGCUCCGAUCAAGGUCUCCUAUUGCAUCCAAGCACCGAGAGCAAUUGGCUUACAGACGGUCCAGGCCAUCAGCUUUAUGGUUCUGGGUUCUCUGCAGGAGUGGAAGACUGGGCAUUUCAAGGAGUGGAUGCGGCAUUCUUUGACAGCAUGAUUAGGGGGUUUGAGGAAUCGGACUCAACUUGA